AUGACUGUUCAUGAGCCAGGUCAUCUUGCAACUGUUCCGUUACACGGUUCGGCUCUUAAACAUCAAGCUGAUCCGACCUUCGAGAAGGAUCAGGUGUUCCCACCGCCACCACAUCCUUUGGUGGUCUCAAUCGGUGGUCAACGUUUCCUAGUGGAGCGUAUUUUGAGCCACCGCGAUAUUAAUGGCGUCCGGACGAGUUACCUCGUCCACUUGCGUGGCUAUCCACCGGCGUGGAACAGCUGGGAGCCUCGUGCCCAGCUGAUCAUUGAUGUCUUUAGUCUCGUCGACCAGUAA